AUUAUAUAUGUUUUUAUUAGGGACUACUAGAUAUUCAUAGAACAUUUACACGGAAAAAUAAGGAAAGAGUUAGAUCCAAACUGGAAGCAUUCUUAUUUUGUGUCUUGAAGUUCAGGAAAUGAUGAGAUGUUUUAGAGUCACUUUCAUCUUAUUCGUGUUUCUUCUUCUGUCUGUGAUCCAAACUAGUGAAUGUGAAACAAGUACGUCAGGAGACUAUAUCAUAUACAUGGGAGCAGCAUCCUCAGAUGAAUCAACAGGCAAUGACCACCAUAUUGAGCUUAUGAGCACAAUGUUAAAGCGGAGCGGGAAAACUCCCAUGCACAGAUACAAACAUGGAUUCUCUGGAUUCGCAGCCCAUUUAUCAGAAGAUGAAGCACGUCUCAUGGCCGAGCAACCAGGAGUAGUCUCUGUCUUUCCUGAUCAGAUGUUACCUCUCCACACAACUCGCUCAUGGGACUUCUUGGUUCAAGAGAGUUAUCAAAGAGAAACCCACUUUACUGAAAUGAAUUCUCAACAAGAACUAGACGUGGCAGUAGGAGACACCAUUAUCGGCUUCAUUGAUUCAGGAAUCUGGCCUGAGUCAGAGAGCUUCAACGACAUGCACAUGCGACCAGUACCAGAUAGAUGGAAAGGCACUUGCAUGAGAGGGAAGAAGACAGAACCUGAUGCUUUCCGGUGCAAUAGGAAACUAAUAGGAGCAAGGUACUACAAUUCCUCAUUCCUCUUAGACCCGGACUAUGAAACACCACGAGACUUCUUGGGACAUGGGACACACGUGGCAUCAAUAGCAGCAGGGAGAAUAAUCUCUGAUGCAUCCUACUAUGGCCUGGCAGGAGGUAUCAUGAGAGGAGGAUCACCAACUUCAAGAAUAGCUAUGUACAGAGCUUGCUCGCUCCUUGGCUGCCGUGGCUCCAGCAUACUAGCUGCAUUUGAUGAUGCCAUUGCGGAUCGAGUUGAUAUUAUAUCGAUAUCUAUGGGAUUAUUUAUAGACAAUUUGCUUGAAGAUCCGCUUUCCAUCGGUUCAUUUCAUGCUGUGGAAAGAGGGAUCACGGUUAUUUGCUCUGCAGGUAAUCUUGGCCCUUCAAGUCAGUCCGUGGUUAAUGCUGCUCCAUGGAUGAUCACUGUUGGUGCAAGUACUAUUGACCGUGGCUUUGAGUCUAACAUUCUUCUGGGAGGACUAGAUAACAUCAGAUUGAUCAAGGGGGCUGGAAUAAAUAUAGCCAACAUUGAUAGAACUCAGUCUUACUCUAUUAUACAUGCAAGAUCAGCCAAGAAGAUUGGUGCUAAUGAGGAAGCUGCUAGGAACUGUGCGGGUAACACUAUGAACAGAACCAUAGUUGAGGGUAAGAUAGUAGUGUGUGACAAUGAUUAUGGUAACCAGGCGAUUCAAUGGAAAAGCGAAGAGGUUAAAAGACUUGGUGGUACUGGUGUGAUAGUUAUUGACGACGAGUCAAUGGAUCUGUCUUAUAUAGACCCCUCCUUUCUAGUAACAAUAGUAAAACCAGUGGAUGGACUAGAAAUCAUGUCCUACAUAAACUCAACAAGAGAACCAAUUGCAAUGAUCAUGCCAACAAGAUCAAGAACAGGACAUGAAUUAGCACCAUCCAUACCAUCCUUCUCAUCAAGAGGUCCUUACUUGCUUACCAGAAGCAUCCUCAAGCCUGAUAUUGCAGCUCCAGGGGUCAACAUACUAGCAUCAUGGCUAAUAGGUGACUUAAAUGCAGCACCACAAGGCAAGGAACCGCCACUUGUCAACAUCGAAUCAGGGACUUCAAUGUCAUGUCCCCAUGUCUCAGGGAUAGCCGCUCGUCUCAAAUCUGAAAACCCUUCAUGGAGUCCUGCAGCAAUAAGAUCCGCUAUCAUGACAACAGCCGUGCAAAUAACCAACACAGGAUCACAUAUAACUACAGAAACAGGAGACAAAGCCACACCUUAUGACUUUGGUGCUGGUCAGGUUACCAUAUUUGGACCUUCGUCACCUGGACUGGUUUACGAAACCAAUCAAAUAGACUACCUGAACUUUCUCUGCUAUGUCGGCUUCACUUAUGAUCAGAUCAGAAGGAUCUCACACCGUAUACCACAAGGCUUUGCUUGUCCUGAACAAAGCAGCAAGGGAGACAUAUCUGACAUCAACUAUCCAUCAAUCUCAGUUUCGAACUUCAAUGGAGAUGAAAGCAGAAGGGUAAGCAGGACAGUGACUAACGUAGCAUCACGCCUCAUUGGAGAUGAAGAUACUGUCUACAACGUGAGCAUCAAUGCACCAAAAGGGUUACGAGUCAGAGUGAUACCAAGAAGUCUACAAUUCAAGAAUAUAGGAGAUACGCUAAGAUACCAAGUGAUCUUUUCAUCUUCUACAUCCACACUUAAAGAAGAUGCGUUUGGUUCAAUCACAUGGUCUAAUGGAAUGCACAGAGUUAGAAGUCCGUUCGUUGUAACCAGCAAAGCUGAUAUAUAAUAUGUUUUUCAUAAACCAUAUAAUAAAAGAGAAAUAAGGUUUGUUA